AUUGGCACCGAACCGAGCUCACUUAUAUAGUCCUGGGAAACCAGCCCGCCCCUCAGCUGUGAUUGGCCCGCUGAAGGAUGGGGGCGGAUUCCCGUGGAACGGAAGUGCGGACCGGGAGAAGGCGUCUGAGUGCAGCCAUGGGUCCUCCAGGGGGAAAGAUCAACCGGCCCCGAACGGAACUGAAGAAGAAGCUGUUCAAGCGCAGGCGGGUAUUGAACCGGGAGCGGCGACUGAGGCACCAGGUGGUGGGGGCUGUGGUAGACCAAGGGCUGAUCACGCGCCACCAUCUCAAGAAGCGGGCGUCCAGUGCACGUGCCAACAUUACUCUGUCAGGAAAAAAACGCAGAAAACUCCUCCAGCAGAUUCGGCUUGCCCAGAAAGAGAAGGCAGCCAUGGAGGGUGAGGUUGGGGCUUAGAGGUGGGGUGAGGGAGCACCUGGAUUUAUGUGAAUUCUUUAAU